GAGCCUGGAUGUCUGGAUUGGAUUCAAUGAUUUUGCAAGCACUGGAGCGCAGCAAAGAGGCGAAGGAUUUAAUCUGGAGAGCUGUCAGAACUGGCUGCCAGGAGAACCCCAUCCGUCCAACGCUGACCACUGUGUCCGGAUGGGCCCAACGGGCCAGUGUAACACAGACCUGUGCAUGGCCAAGCACAGCUACGUCUGCGAGUACAAGCCAAAAGGGGUUCUCUUAAACGCCGAAAACUUCUUUGUGGGAGACCCUGCGUUUGGCACACAGGAGGCUGUGGAAAACGUGACAGAAGAUGUGCUGUCAGCUCCGUGGCAAGCAGUGGAGGUGAUGGUGUUCCCCGAGCUGGCAUUCGGGCAUGACGGGUAUUUGACUGCCCUGGAGUUUGUGACACAGGAACUGCAUCAGCCCGUUCAAGUGAGGUUCCAGGUGCAUAGACCAAUCGAUGGAGAAGACUACCAGGAGGGAAAAAAUGCUACAGAACCGUUCCACACUGCUCAGGAUGAUGGGAACUGGACUCUACUUGAAUGUCCUCCUGGUUUCCAGUGGUGUCAUUUGACUAAUUUGUGUGUGUCACUAAACAACUGCUGCAACGCGACCGAGUGUGCCAACAGUUCCCUUGCCAGCAGCCCUACCCUCGUUUCCCUCCAGCACAAUGAAAGCCAGCUCAGCUAUGAACUCAUCGAGGAAUUUCUCUUUACACUACCAGCCGGCCCUUCUUCCCAGUAUCUGGUCACCUUCAGAAAAGAAAAUAUUUUUGUCAAGGCCGAGGACAUCUUCAGCAUCCAGCACAACGCAGGCGCGGGCUUACUCCUCCAGUGCCAGCCAAGUGCCACAUCCCCUUACAGAACCAACGUCUUAAGCAUGAACUCUUCAGAGUGGGCACUUGGCCUGUCCGACGGCUCCAUCGGUGCCACCUGGAUCAACAACACCGUUUGCUCUCUCCGGGUUUGCUACGCCGAGGAGCAGCUGGUCCCGGUGAUCAGCCCCCACAACGCAGGGCUGGAGCAUCCAGGUCGCUACACGGUCAGAGCCAGCGUGGACAACGGGGUCUUCAGUGCCAAUCUGUCGUGCAGUUUCUGGGUGACUUCCCGGGUGUCAGGCCUGCGUGUCAUCCACCCUGCUCCUCAAGGUGGUCGGGUCUACCUCCCGUCCAACCGCACCACCCUCGUCGUCAAACUCUCCUCGGGGGUGAACGCGACAGCGGGCUGGCUGGGAGACAACCACACCGUCCCCUUCGAGGGGUCCUGCCCGGCGGCUGUCGCGCCGCUGGUGUCGGACUGUGCCAGGGAGACCAACGACACCUGGUUUGCCGUGGUCAGCCUGAGCGGCCUCAGGGAGGGCAUCAGCACCCACGUGCUGGUUGCGGAGAACGCCGUGAGCUCCCAGAACAUCACCGUCACCGUGAAAGUGGAGGAGCCCAUCCGCGGGCUGCGGGCCACCCCUAGCUACGUCCCUGUGAUGGAAGCUGGGUCAGAUGUGACUUUCCGAUGGACAGUAGAUGAUAAGCCAUCUUUCACUUUUUACAAUGUUGUCUUCAACGUUAUCUACCAAAGCCCAGCUGUGUACAAGCUUUCGCUCACCGCCUCCAACCACGUCAGUAACUUUACGGUCAAUUACAAUGUCACGGUGGAGAUGAUGAAUAAGAUGAAGAACCUGACUGUGUUGGGUGUCCUGCCGGUCCUCCCGCAGAACAGCACCGUGGAGCUUAUGGCAAGAGUUCAGGUUGAUUCCGCUGUGGAUGCUAUGUUCCUGUGGGAUUUUGGAGAUGGUGUCCAGGAGACAUACCUGUUCAAACCUCCCUACAACAAAUCUUUCCGUGUUCCUGAUCCCAGCGUCCAUGAGGUUGUCAUUGAGCACAAUGUUUCACACGUCUAUCAAGACCCAGGUGAAUAUGCACUGGUGGUUCUGGUGUCAAACCAGUUUGAGAACCUCACCCACUUGGUCCCGGUUCAUGUCCACAGUUACCUGAUUGAUGUGAAGAUGGAAGCAGAGGAGGAUGUUUUAGUUGUUAGCCGGCCGGUCACCUUCAGAGCCGAUCCUCUGCCGUCUCCUUACGGCGUCAUGUACACCUGGGACUUCGGGGACGGGUCCUCCCUGUUCACAGAGAGCCGGUCUGCAGUGACGUACAGCUACCCCAGAAGAGGGGUGUACAACAUCACCGUGACGGCGAACAACACCAUCAGCAGCGUGGAGACAGUUGAGUGCUACCAAGUGUUUGAGGAGAUAAGUGGGCUCCGUGUUUCUGCAGGUGAGGCAGCAGAGCUGGGAGCAUCCGUGACCCUGAACGCUUCCGUGCAGACGGGGGACAGCAUCACCUGGAUAUUCGAUAUGGGGGACGGGACGGUGCUGAGGAGUCAAGUGCCAGUGGUAGAACACGUGUACAUAAAGGACAUCAACUGCACCGUGAACGUGACAGCUGUGAAUCCUGUGAAUUCCGUCUCCCAAACCGUCCCUGUUCGGAUAUUUGUCCUGGAAGUACUCAAAAUAGAACCUGCUUCGUGCAUCCUUGAGCACCCGGAUGUGCAGCUCACUGCGUACGUGACGGGGAAUCCUGGUGAAUACAUCUUCGAUUGGACUUUCGGAGACGGCUCGUCCAACGUCACCAUCAGUGGGAACCCUGUGGUGAUGCACAACUUCACUCGAAGUGGGACGUUCCCCCUCUCCCUGACUCUCUCCAGCAGGUUUAACAAGGCUCACUAUUUCACCAGCGUCUGUGUGGAGCCAGAGAUAGUCAAUGUCACCCUUCUCCCUUCCAAGCAGUUUGUGAGGCUUGGUGACGAGAGCAGCUUCCAGGUCAGUGCUGUCCCUCUCUACCAGUACCGCUACCGCUGGGAUUUCGGGAACAAUGAGUCCACUAGAUCGAGUGGGACUGAAGUGACCUACACCUACAAGAACACAGGGGUCUUCCUGGUCACGGUGACCGUCUCCAACAAUGUCUCUUUCAACAAUGACACAGCGUUCGUGGAAGUCCAGGAACCAGUUGGGGUAGCAAAGAUUGAAUACAACGGGACAGACGUUUUGGAGCUGAACCAGGUCUACCUGUUCUCUGCCAGCAUGAAUGGAACCAAAGUGAGUUACUGUUGGGACUUUGGAGAUGGCACUACCCAGCCUGGCCAAAUCGCUACCCACUCCUACAACACCACGGGCCAUUACACUAUCAGUGUGAUGGGCCAGAACGAUGUGAGCUCUAACGAGACCAUCAUCGACGUCACAGUGAAACGCCGGCUCCAUGGGCUGACCAUCAAUGCCAGCAGGACAGUGGUGCCAUUAAAUGGUUCGGUGAGUUUUGUAGCCACGCUUGUAGCUGGCACUGCCAUCCGCUACUCAUGGAUCCUCUGUGACCGCUGCACUCCUAUCCAAGGCUCCUCCACGAUUUCCUACACGUUCCGGUCCGUGGGCACGUUCAAUGUCAUUGUGACAGCAGAGAACAAGAUCAGCUCGUUGCAGGACAGCAUCUACGUCUACGUCCUGGAGCAGAUUGAGGGCCUGCAGGCGGUUAGCAGUGACCUGGUGGAGGACGUCUAUUUCCCAACUAACAAAACACUCCAUUUGCAGGCAGUGGUGAGAGAGGGAACAAACAUCUCCUACAGCUGGGUGGCCCAAAGGGAUGGCAAUGCUGUGCAGACCUUCACUGGGAAAACCUUCUCCUUGAGCGUCCUAGAAGCUGGAAACUACACUGUCUACCUGAAAGCCACGAAUAUGCUGGGAUGCGCAACUGCUAACAGGACACUGGAGUUCAUUGAAAGCAUUGGUCUUUUAAAGCCCUAUGCCUUCCCCAACCCGGUCGCUAUUAAUGCCUCUGUUAACAUAAGUGCCACCAUAACCAGUGGCACUGGCAUCAUGUAUGUUUGGUACCUGGAGGAUGGCUUCUCGCCAGUUACCUCUGAACCCUUUAUUAUGCACUCCUUCCAAAGCCCCGGAGUGACAGAGGUCGUCAUUGGAGCAGAAAACAAGCUGGAUUCAACCAAUGCAACUAUCUACAUCUGUGUAGAGGAGGUCAUAGAGGGGCUGAGUAUAGGGACUGCAGAACUGGACUGUAGGUAUGUCUCAUCAGGCUCCACGGUGGUCUUUGAGGGGGAGCUGCAGAAAGGGACUGAAGUGACAUGGCUUUGGGAGGUGCCAAAUGGCACGUUGACUGGCCAGUCCGUGGCGGUCAUGUUCCCCACAGCAGGGUUUUACACAGUCCAUCUGAAUGCUUCGAAUGACAUCAGCUGGGCUCUGGCCAGCAGGAACAUCUCAGUGCUGGACAGGAUUCAAGGACUGGAAGUUCUUGCCAGCAAGAAGGUGGUGGAGCCAGGGGAACAGGUCACCUUUGUGAUCAGGAUGCUCUCAGGUACCUCUGUGAGUUACUUGGUGAGCAUAAGUGGGGACUACUCUGUGGUGCUCAACGGGUCCAGGUACACGCACGAGUUCACCAAGAGCGGCGAUUACUUGGUGACCGUGACAGUGCAGAACCAAAUCAGCAUUGCGCACGCCCAGGUGCUCAUCUCAGUCCUGGAGGCCAUCCGUGAUGUCAGGCUCCUGAACUGCUGUGAGGAAGGCAUUCCCACGGGCACGGAGAAGAGCUUCAGUGCCCAGGUGGGGAGCGGUUCCCGUGUGUCGUUCUCCUGGCAGUUCUCCCUGUGGAAAGAGGAGGGCCGAUCUGUGGUCACUGUGACUGGAGAGAGUGUUUCCUACACUCCAGAAGCUGCAGGGCUGCUCGAGAUUCACCUCAAUGCCUUCAAUGACUUGGGAGGUGUCAAUAUCACCAGAACCAUCCAGGUCCAAGACCCGAUAGUCCAAGUCUCCCUCACUGCCUCCAAUGCCUUUGUCAACAGGACAGCACUGUUUGAAGCAGCAGUGGUGCCCAGCAGCAGGAGCGUUGAGUUCUUGUGGACUUUUGGAGAUGGCUCUUCCACUCAAAUGACCAGGGUUGCAGUGGCCAACUAUUCUUACCUGAGCCCUGGGGAUUACCUGGUGGAGGUGAAUGCCACCAAUCUCAUCAGCUUCUUCAUAGCCCACCUCACUGUCACUGUCAAAGUCCUGGAGUGUGAGGAGCCAGAGGUAGAGUUGGCCUUGCCCCCUCAAGUAGUCAUGAAGAGGUCCCAGAGGAACUACUUAGAGGCACAGAUCGACCUCCGAGGGUGCAUCAAGUACCAGACGGAGCACCUGUGGGAGAUCUACCGGGCACCCAGCUGCACGAACUUGGAUGACUCCAGCAGGAUCCGCCUGCCGAACGUUGAUGUGAACAGGCCCCAGCUAGUUAUACCGAAGCUUGCCCUGGAAGUUGGGAACUAUUGCUUCAUCUUUAUUGUGUCCUUCGGAGAUACCCCACUGUCCAAAAGCAUCUUUGCCAAUGUAACUGUGAUACCGAGUAAGCUGGUCCCAAUCAUCGAUGGGGGGUCAUACCGUGUGUGGUCCAACACUCAGGACUUAAUCUUGGACGGGGAGAAAUCCUAUGACCCGAACUUGGAUGAUGGUGAACAGACUCCGUUGUUAUACGAUUGGUCUUGUACGUUCUCCUCCAAGAGCUCGGCUGCAGGGUGCUCUCUGAAUUUCAGUGCCAAGGAAGGAAUUGUCACAAUUUCCAAAGCUGUAUUAGAAGCAGAUGUGGAGUAUACGUUUGACCUCACCGUCAGGAAGGAGGGCAUGAGCCCCGAGGCAACGAAUCAAACCGUGUUGAUCAAGAGAGGGGGAGUCCCUAUCGUGUCCCUGGAGUGCGUUUCCUGCAAGGCUCAGUCUGUCUAUGAAGUCAGCAAGAGCUCCUACGUCUACCUGGAGGGGACCUGCCAGAACUGCCACAACGACUCCAAACUUGGGAGAUGGGCAGCCCACAGCUUUAAAAACAAGUCGCUCAUCCUGGACAAAAAAACUACCUCCACUGGCAACACGGGAAUGAACCUGGUGUUGAGGCAAGGGGCGCUGAAGGACGGCGAGGGGUACACCUUCACCCUCCACAUCACAGACCUCACAACAGGGGAGGAAGGGUUCGCCUCCAUCGAUCUGCUCCCAAACCAGCCGCCCGUGGGGGGAUCCUGCCAGCUCUCUCCCAAGGGACCCCUCCGGGCGCUGAUGGCCAAGGUGCACUUCGAGUGUGCAGGAGCCCUCAAAGGAGGGCUGGCACCAGCGGGCUCCGUGGCUGCGGGUGGCCUGGUGUCCCCCUGCGGAGAGCGAGGGAGGUCUCGUGCAGCCAGGGCCCCCCCCAGCCUCUCCCGCUGGCUCUACAACCGGACUGACACCGUGCUCCCGGGCUUAGUGAAACAAGGGGACCCUCAGCAAGUCAUUGAGUACUCUCUGGCCCUCAUCACCAUCUUAAAUGAGUACGAGCGGUCCGUGCUUCUGGAACCUGAGACUGGGAAUGAAUUUGAGCUGCGGACCUGGACUCGCAACAAUAUCACAGAAACCCUGAACUCGCUGAAGGUGAACACGGUUGAUGACAUCCAGCAGAUCUCGGCUGCCCUGGCGCAGUGCACGGUGGUGAGCAAGGAGCUGGUUUGCAAGUCAUGCCUGACGAGGACCUUGAACAAGCUGGAGACCAUGAUGACCAUUCUACAAGGGGAAACGACCCAGGGCACGGUGACACCGACUGGCAUCGCCGACAACAUCCUCAACAUCACAGGUGACCUAAUUCACCUCGUCAAUACAGUUUCACAAGAGUCCCAGCCCCAGGAGCUGCUUGCUGAUUCCCACAAUUUGCUGCUGGCUCCCAAAGCCUACAACCUGUCUUCCAGCCUGAUGCGCAUCCUCAUGAAGUCUCGAGUGCUGAAUGAAGAGCCCCUUGAGCUGGUGGGAGGAGAAAUUAAGGCCACAGGGAAGCGGUCUGAUCCCUUUAAUUUGCUUUGCUACGAAAACACACCAAACUGCCAGUUCUCCAUCCCCCAGGCAUUCAACACCACCCUUUCCAACCUGACAGAUGUCAUUCAAGUCAUGUUCCAAGUGGACUCCAAUCCUUUCCCUUUUGGUUACAUCAGCAACUACACCGUGUCCACAAAAGUUGCCUCCAUGGAGUUCCAGACACACAACGGGGUGCAGAUCCCCAUUGGGAGCCUGGACUCCGAGAAGGCCAUCACCGUAAUGGUGUCAAACAACACCGAUGCCAACAAUCUCUCUGCUGGCACUGAAGUCAUCGAGGCAAGAACAUCUGUGAACCUGAUUGUGACUAUGGAGAGCAACAACCGAGAAGCAGGACUGCACUUCCAGCUCACUUACAGAGUCCUCAACGAUCAGUACAUUGCAAGUGAGCCUGAGCCGUUCAUCAUGGCUUAUCUCCAUCACGAGCCAGAGCCCAACGAGCACAACUGCAGUGCCUUUAAGAAAAUUGGCCUGGAUGCCCUGGCUGGAAGGGACCACAAGCUCUACACCUUCUUCACCUCACCCAGAACUGACGACACCAUCCAGAAAUAUUACUUCAACAUCACGAACCAUUUCAGCUGGUCCCCGGUGGAGGUGACCCUGGGGCUGUACACCUCCCUGUGCCAGUACUUCAGCGAGCAGGAGAAACGGUGGAAAACAGAAGGCAUCAUCCCGCUGGAAGAGACGCGGCCAGACCAGGCUGUGUGCCUGACCCAGCACCUCACCGCCUUCGGGGCCAGUCUGUUUGUCCCCCCAAACUCUGUCCAGUUCGUCUUUCCGGCUCCAGGCCCGGGUCUCAACUACAUCGUUCUGCUGACGUGUGCCGUCUGCUUUGUGACCUACUCGGUGGCUGCCCUGAUCGUGCACAAGCUGGACAUGAUCGACGUGAACCGAGUCGGGGUGAUUCCCUUCUGCGGGAAGAACGGGCUGUACAAAUACGAGAUCCUGGUGAAAACUGGCUGGGGCAGGGGAUCAGGUACCACGGCCCACGUGGGGAUCGCCCUGUAUGGUGUGGACAAUAAAAGUGGUCACAGACACCUGGAUGGAGAAAACGCCUUCCACCGCAACAGCCUCGACGUGUUUCAGAUCGCGACGGAGCGGAGUCUGGGCAGCAUCUGGCGCAUCCGCAUCUGGCACGACAAUAAAGGACUCAGCCCCUCUUGGUACCUGCAGCACGUCAUCGUCCGGGACCUGCAGAGCAGCAAGAGCUACUUCUUCCUGGUGAACGACUGGCUGUCGGUGGAGAGCGAAGAGAACGAUGGCAUGGUGGAGAAGGAGGUGUAUGCUGCCAGUGAGACAGAGCUGAGGAGCUUCUCCCGGAUCUUCAUAGCAGAGUUGCAACGAGGUUUCUUCGAGAAGCACGUCUGGCUGUCCAUGUGGGACCGUCCGCCUCGCAGCCGCUUCACCCGUGUCCAGCGAGCCACCUGCUGCUCCCUCCUCAUCUUCCUCUUCCUCUGUGCCAACGCCGUGUGGUACGGCGUGGUGGGCAACGUACACCUCAGCAAUGGGGCCGUUUCCAACCUGAUCCCUGUUAAUGUGGACACAGUGGCUGUUGGUCUGGUGUCCAGCGUGGUGGUCUACCCUCUCUACCUGAUCAUUUUGUUUCUCUUCCGGAUGGCUCGUGGCAAGGUCUCCAUCAACCACACCCUGACUCACUCGGACCAGCAGUCCUUGGAGAUCGACAACUACCUGGACUCCUCAAUCCUUGACAGCUCCUUCCCCACCUUCCCCGGGCUCCGGGCAGAGGCCUUCUCUGAGCAAACCAAAACAGAUCUGUUCCUGGAGGACUCCAAAAGCCUCGUGCGGUGGCCCUCCAGCGAGGCCCUGCUCAGCUGGCCAGACCUCCUCAGCGACCCCUCCAUCAUGGGCAACACCAUCCAGAAGCUGAAGAGAGGCCGGGCCAGCCGCCACCUUGGGCUCGAGGCCCCGUUGGCAACUGAGGAGGACAGCUUGUCGCUUGGUGUUCACCAGGGCCAGCCCCGAUAUUUCUCUGCCUCAGAUGAGGAUCUGAUCCGGCAGAUCCUGGCAGAUGGAGCCAGCGGCAUCUCCCACUCCCAGGACCUGGGGCCAUACAUGAGGGCUGAAACAGAUCUCAUCUCAGGCCUGUCCAGCGUGUUCGGGGAGAAGGUGGAGACUGUCAUGAUGCAGAAACUGAACGACAAAGGCCAGAGCAUGGCAGCUCCUCCCAGGGAAGUGAGCAGAUCAGCCAAGUCGACGUGGACAGUUGCAGACCAGACAUUCCGGAAGCGCUUGCUGCCGCCCUGGUGCUCCUAUCUGGCUCAUGGCAUCAGUCUCCUCCUCUUCGCCACUUCCACGGGGGUCUCGGUGUGGAUCGGGGUGGGCUUUUCCUCCAGCGUUGCCCUCAUGUGGCUCAUCUCAGGGAUAUUCAGCUUUCUGGCAUCCUUCUUGGUCUGGGAGCCCCUGAAGGUCCUGCUGGAAGCCCUCUAUUUCUCACUGGUUGCCAAGCGCUUGCACCCAGAGGAAGACGAUACCUUGGUGGAGCAUCCGUUUGUGGAGCAUGUUUCUGAGAAGAUCAGCAAAGUCCGACCCCCGCAAGGAUUUGCCCUUUUCCAGGCCAAGGAGGAGGCCAGGAAGGUCAAACUGCUGCACAGGAUGCUGAAGAAUUUCCUCAUCUACAUGACGUUCUUGCUGGUGAUCCUGCUCACCAACUACGGCGACGCCUCCCGCAACAGCAGGGCCUUCCUCUUGCAGAGCUCCAUCAAGCAGCAGCUGGGCAGCAACGAGUUCCUCCGCAUCAAGAGGUCGGAUCAGUUCUGGGUCUGGAUGUCACAGGUCUUCCUCCCGUACCUCUACAACAACCAGUCGGGUCAGGAGAGCUCCAGCACCACGCUGGGGGCUGCCCGGCUGCGCCAGCUCCGGCUGCAGCAGGCCGAGUGCCAGCUCACGGCCCAGGACAUCCUCCCCGGCGUGGGCACGGCUGCCAGGAGGAACUGCACCAACUUGCACGGCUUUUCUACUGCCAACUACGCAGCUGGCUGGGAACGGGCGGCCGUGAACACGACGGCUGCGUGGUCCUACUCGCCACCCGACCUGACGGGGGUCUGGUACUGGGGUUACAUCUCUUUCUACGAUAGCAGCGGUUACGUCCAGGAGCUGGGGGCUUCGCUGGAGGAAAGCAGAGCUCAGCUGGAUUUCCUUCAGCAGCACACCUGGAUCGACAACAUGAGCCGGGCUGUCUUUGUGGAGCUGAUGCAGUACAACCCCAGCGUGGACCUGCACGCUGCCAUCACCCUGCAGCUGGAGUUCCUGGGGGCCGGCCAGGCCGUCCACAGCGGUCAGGCAUUGCCCUCUCCUUCCCUGGUAACCUCUCUGUUCCUCCCCCAGGUCUUCCUCAUGAUGUUUGUCGUCUACUUCGUGGUGUCUGAGUCACUGUCCAUCAAGAAGGAGGGCAGAUCCUACUUCACCCUGUGGAGCAACUACGGCCAGUGGGUCUUCAUCCUCCUCACCACCUGCACCGUGGUAGUGCACCUCAGCCAGGCCACCCUGGCUGACCAGCAGUGGCUCAAGUACCUCAACAACCGCAAAGGUUUCACCAACUUCUACCAGGUGGCCUUUCUCAACACCAUCUUCAGCACCUUGGCUGCGUCCCUCCUCUUCCUCCUGACCGUGCAGGCUGCCCAGCAGCUGCGUUUUGUCCGGCAGUGGUCCGUGUUCGGGAAGACGUUUCAGAAGUCCGCGAAGGAGCUGACUGCUGCGGGGUUGGCGUUCGCCGUCCUCGUCCUGGCCUACGCUCAGCUCGGCUUCCUGCUCUUCUCCUCCUCCUCGGAGUCCUUCCGCAGCGUCGGCAGCAGGCUCUUGGCCAUGCUGCGGGGCAGCGUCAACCUCUGCCCCUGCCCACCUGAGUCCUCCGGCCUCUGCUACCUGUUCUGCACCAGCUACAUCGUCCUGGAGGUGUGGAUCGUGCUGAGGCUCUUCGCCGUGGUGCUCAUCUACAGCUACCGGGAAAUGCACUUCGAGCUGUACCGCCCUGCCUUCGAGCCCCAGGACUACGAGAUGGUGGAGCUCUUCGUGCGCAGGCUGAAAAUGUGGAUGGGCUUCAGCAAAGCCAAGGAGUUCCGGCACAAGGUGAGGUUCGAGGGGAUGGAGCCGCUGCCAUCCCAGCUGGACGGGCUGAGCCUCGUGCUGAGCACCCGCGACAGCCUGGAAGUGGACGCUGACAUCCAGCGCCUCCUCUCCCUCUUCGAGAUGCUGCUCGCCCAGUUCGACCGCGUCAACCAGGUGACGGAGGACGUGUACCGCAUCGAGCACCAGCUGGAGGGCUCGCGGAGCCGCCGCUCCAGGCGGAGGUGCCCCCGGGUGACGGAGGAUGCCCUGAGCGGGGACUGCGCGAGCAGGGGCAUCAGCGUGGCAGCUUCUGUGCUGCCCCCGCACAAACCCUACGCCGCCGCAGCUCCGGCGGUGAAGAAGAAACGGCCCCUCCGGGCCAAGAACAGGGUGCACCCCACGGUCAAAUAA